UGAAGGUGUGAUCCGUGAUCAUUUGGUCGUUUAUUGAAUAAUGAGCACAAUCUGUCUUCUGCGGAUUGAAAUAAAAUCAAAUUGUUACGAUUAAUUUCUCUGCUAUUCUAGACCAUUUGGGUUAUUUUUAUUAGUGACAUCAUUCGUUUAAGUUUUUAUACCCAAAAUUUUUUGCCAUUCAACAUCUUUAACAAUUUUUUACAGCAACCCAAGUAACUUUCUCUCAUAUUCUUUGUGUAUAUUUUGUUGUUUUUUACUUGCUUUGUAAAUAAGUGAAACUUUUGCUGAUCUCUGUUCAUCCAGUACCCUGUUCUGCUUUUGGAGCUUUCAAUUUUCUUACCAGAAAACUUGAUUAAAAUUUAUCCUAUGACAUCAAAUUGAUACAAAUACAGUCGUGUUACCAAAGGCUUAGCAAGUUGACCAUCAUUGUGUAACGUUUGUGACCCUUUUUUGUUUUAUCGGAUUUUUUUAUUUUUACAUACUUCAAUAUGGAAAACUCGUUAGGAGCUAGGGAUAAAGUCGGUGUUCAAGACUUUGUCCUCCUUGAAAAUCAUCAAGAUCCAGAAGCUUUUUUGGAUAAUCUGAAGAAACGAUUCAAGGAAAACCUCAUCUAUACCUACAUAGGUCAAGUGCUUGUGUCUGUCAAUCCAUACAGAAGUUUGGAUCUCUAUUCAAAUAAUUUCAUUGAACAAUAUAGAAAUGUAAACUUUUAUGAACUUCCUCCUCAUAUUUUUGCUAUUGCUGAUACAGCUUAUCGAUUAAUGAAAGAUGAAUGUCGUGAUCAAUGUAUUCUGAUAUCGGGUGAAAGUGGCUCAGGUAAAACAGAAGCUUCCAAAAAGAUUCUCAACUAUCUUGCUGCAGCAAGUAAACAUUUGGCAACAGUGGAUAGAGUGAAAGACAAGCUAGUUCAAUCAAAUCCUGUAUUGGAAGCUUUUGGUAAUGCCAAAACCAUUAAAAACGAUAAUUCAUCUCGUUUUGGUAAAUAUAUGGACAUUGAAUUUGAUUACUUGGGUAAUCCUAGAGGAGGACAUAUUACCAAUUAUUUGCUUGAGAAAUCUCGUGUUAUCCAUCAAAACAAAGGUGAACGCAAUUUUCACAUUUUCUACCAACUUAUUAGUGGAGUUGAUGAAAAAUUAUUAUCCAAAUUACAAUUACGGAGAGACCCAUCCAUGUAUUAUUACCUGAAUCAAGGAGAAAGUUUUGAUGUAACCGGAAUUGAUGAUGCUCAUCACUUUAACCUAGUCAAAAGUGCCCUUCAAGAAUUUGAUUUUACUUCAGAAGAAGAAGAAUCAUUGUUUUUCAUUGUUGCCUCCAUUCUGCAUAUGGGUAAUAUUGGUUUUCUUGAGGAAAACGGUGAGGCCAUUAUUGCACAACAAAAGCCCAUUAUAAGCCUGGCAAAGCUGUUAAAAUGUGAAACAGAAUCAUUAAGACAGGCAUUUACCAAUAAAAGUAUUGAAGUUCGCAAUGAACUUGUUUCAACACCAUUGAGCCGAGACCAGGCCAUAUAUGCUCGAGAUGCGUUAGCCAAAGCAAUUUAUGAAAGACUUUUCACAUGGUUGGUCAAAAAGUUAAAUUCAUCGUUAGUCUCUAAAGAAAAAUCUCCUGAUCGAUCAGUCAUCGGUCUAUUAGAUAUCUAUGGUUUUGAAAUAUUUGAAUCAAACAGUUUCGAGCAAUUUUGUAUUAAUUAUUGUAAUGAAAAGCUUCAGCAGCUCUUCAUCGAAUUAACUCUCAAGUCUGAGCAAGAAGAGUAUGAACGAGAAGAGAUCAAGUGGGAGCCAGUGGAGUACUUCAACAAUCAGAUUAUCUGUGACUUGGUGGAGGAAAAAUAUAAAGGAAUCAUUUCUAUAUUGGAUGAAGAGUGUUUACGUCCAGGAGAUGCAAGUGAUAUAACUUUCCUUCAUAAACUUGAAGACACCGUUGGCGAUCACCCACACUUUACUACCCACAACUUGGCUGACAAUAAGCUUAAAAAAACCAUCGGGCGAAAUGAAUUCCGAUUAACUCACUAUGCUGGUGAGGUUACCUACAAAGUUGAUGGAUUCUUGGAUAAAAAUAAUGAUUCAUUGUACCGUGAUCUAAAGAAAGCUAUGUCAACAUCAAAUGAUGUAAUUAUCAAGAAAUUGUUUCCUGAAAGUGAGGUUCAUUCAAAGAAAAGACCUGAAACAGCAAUAACCCAAUUCAAGAAUAGUUUAAACAACUUAAUGGAAACGCUUUUAUCCAAAGAACCCUGGUAUGUUCGAUGUAUCAAACCUAAUGACCAUAAGCGUCAAGGAAUCUUCGAUGAAUCAAUUGUUCGACAUCAAGUUAAAUAUCUGGGUUUAAUGGAAAACUUGCGAGUCCGAAGAGCUGGAUUCGCCUAUCGACGGAGUUAUGAUGUUUUCCUACAACGAUACAAAUGCCUUUCACAGGAAACUUGGCCUUUCUUCAAAGGUUCACCCAAAGAGGGUGUUGAAAUUUUAGUCCGUCAGUUAGAUUAUAAUCCAAAUGAAUAUCGAUUGGGUACAAGUAAAAUUUUUAUCCGUUUACCUCGAACUCUAUUUGAGACAGAAGAUGCUUUUCAAAAAAAGAAACACCAAUUAGCUGCUUAUAUUCAAGCUCAUGUUCGCGGUUACUUUCAACGUCAAAAGUAUCAUCAAAUUAGACGGUCAGCAUUAUUAAUUCAAUCCUAUUGGAGACGUGAACUUGCCAUACGGUUAUUAGCCAAACGAAGGAAAGCCGCCUUUAUUAUUAGAAAAUUUAUCAAGGGAUUCAUCACACGAAAUCAAGAAUUGAAUGAUUGUAACCGUGAGUUUGUGAUCAAUGUCCGACGUGAAUGGCUAGCUAGACUUGCCCAUCAGCUACCUAAAUCAUUAUUGGAAAGGACUUGGCCCACUCCUCCCUCUAUUUGUGCAGAGGCUUCUAUCAUUUUGAGAGACUUACAUACCAAAUGGAUGGUAAACAAAUAUUGGAAAAGUAUAGACGAACAACGGAAAACAUUAAUGGAGGAAAAGGUUUUAGCGGAAAAGCUGUUCAAGGGACGAAAAUCUAAUUACCAAACAAGCAUAGUUGAAGUUUUCCAACAAUUAAGACCAAAUGAUCAUUUGGAUUCUCAAACUCUUGAAAUGUUUACCCAUGAAUUGAAACAAUCAAAAGAUGAAGAAACUGUUUACGCCGCUGGUUUAAUCAAAUAUGAUCGUAAUGGUUACAAACCUCGCCAUCGAGAUCUUAUACUGACAAACAAAGCUUUAUACAUAUUGAGCUGGGAAAAAAAGUGGAAACUUAAACAUCGAAUACCUUAUAAGAAAAUUUCUUCUCUUCAUGUCACCGAUCUUUCCGAUGGACUGAUUGUUGUUAAAUUUCCUAUCGAUUCGAAAGAGGAUAAGGGUGAUCUCAUUCUAGAUUGUGGAUCCAAUAUAAUUGAAAUUUGUACCAAAAUAGUCAAAGUAUCCGGUCUGGAUAAUAAUGUGCUCAAAAUUGAGUCAUCUGGAAGCAUGAAUCAUGAGCAUAAUGGUAAACAGGGUAGAAUCUGUUUUGUACAAGGAGACAAGAAUGAAAUAAUCAAAGGAAAGGACGGCUCUUUACUGGUGAUCGGUUCUUUCAAUUCAUACCACUGAAACCAGAAACAUGUUCAAAUGUACUAUUCAUUUUUUAUCAUCGCCUUGCUUCCAUGGAUUGACAGACUUUGAUGAUAGAUAUUAUCUCCAUUCUGUUUGUUCUUUGUAUGGUCUCUACGAUUUAAAACAAACAAUAAUAAGAAACAAAGUCAAAAAUCAAAAUCAGUGAAAUUACUGACCCAUAAAA